CCUUGCUAUGACAAGCGAACUAUGACAUCAAGUAUGUUGAAUGGGGAGAGAAGCUGUAGCCCUAGUUUUACAAUGAAAGUGGAGCAUAACUCUCUCUUGUGGAGGAGGAUGGGUGGGGGAGAGGAUUGAUUGUAAUUGAUUGUAUUUCUCCCUUCUCUGCUGAUUGCAUCUAAUGAAUAUAUGUAAAUUUUCUCCAGUGUUAUUAAUUAUAUUAAAUCUUGGGAUACCAGAAAAAAUUGCUUGCCAAAACUUUGCUAACUGUUUCUUUCAAGCUACAUAGAACUGGUCUCAAAUUAAAGUCGAGGGAGAUAAAAAAAAGUACAUGGAGUUGUAGCUGUUGCAUAUCUAUGGUUUUGUUGUCUUAAGGAUGAUUGGUUGCAGAUGGGCGCCUGGAAGAAGAAGUGGCAUGACUGUGUUGGGGAAAGUUGCUGUUCCAAAACCUAUCAAUUUACCAAGUCAAAGGUUAGAAAAUCAUGGUCUGGACCCAAAUGUUGAAAUUGUUCCCAAGGGUACCCAUAGUUGGGGCAGUAGAUCAUCUUCUUCUGCAUCAAAUGCAUGGGGUUCUUGCUCUCUAUCUCUAAAUAAUGAUGGUGGUACUGGUUCACCAAGCCAUCUUAGUGGUCGCCCUUCAUCUGGUGGAAGUGGCACUCGACCAUCAACCGCGGGUAGUGAAAAAGCCCAUGAACCUAUUGUUAGUGCAUGGGGUACAAAUUCUAGGCCAUCAUCAUCUUCUGGAGCACUGCCAUCAAAUCAGACAUCACAUGCAGCUUUGCGUCCUCGUAGUGCAGAAACAAGACCUGGUAGCUCACAAUUAUCGCGGUUUGCUGAACCUUUGUCGGAUAAGUCAGUGGCGUGGCACGCAAUGGGAGCAGCAGAUAAGUUGGGAGUAACGUCCUCUAAGAAUGAUGGGUUUUCUCUGACUUCCGGAGAUUUUCCAUCACUUGGAUCAGAAAAGGACAAUUCUGGAAGGGAAGUGGACUCACAAGAUCAUGAUUCUUACAGUCGUCCAGGCUCAUCUUCUGCUGGAGUAGCAUCCAGGAAUGAAGGGACUGAGGAUUCUGCAGGUGAUCUCUCUGCACAUGAAAAUGUGAAGAGUGGAGCUGAAAGUCCCUGGAGGAGAGAAAAUGUGUAUGGUGAAGAUGGAGCCAGGGCCAAUGUCGAGAAGUGGAAUGCUGAUUUCCAACCAUAUCCUAAUUCUAGUAUCCCUCCUCAGCAUUAUGACGCGUGGCGUGGUCCUCCUGUUAACAAUCAACCAGGUGGGGUUUGGGUUAGAGGACCUCCAGGAUGUCCACCAUUUCGGUCCCCAGUUGCCCCCGGUGGUUUUCCCAUGGAACCAUUUCCUUACUACCAUCCACAGAUUCCUCCUCCUGCUCUUGCCAAUCCACAAGCAGUUCCUCCACCUGGAGCUGGGCCCAGGGCCCCCCAUCCAAAGAAUGGGGAUAUGUACCGGCCUCAUAUGCAUGAUACUUAUAUGCACCCAAACAUUCCUCUCAGACCUAGUUUUUAUCCAGGACCAGGGCCUUAUGAGGGCUAUUAUGGUCCUCCCAUGCCCUACUGCAAUCCCAAUGAACGUGAUGUUCCAUUUAUGGGAAUGGCAAUGGGCCCUGCUACAUAUAACAGGUACUGUGGUCAAAGUAUUCCUGAUCCUGGCAAUUCUCAUGGCAGAACCAGUGGAUGUGGACCUAGUAGCAAGGCAAUGGUUUUGGAUCAAGUGGAACCUGCUCAUCCUCAAGAUGUUAAAAGACCUUAUAAAGUUCUUCUGAAGCAGCAUGAUGGCUGGGAGGGUAAAGAUGAAGAGCAGAAGUCUGUUGACACCAUGAAAACAAAUGCCUCAUAUCCUCUGAAGGGGGAGCAUACAAGUAAGUCAUCAUCAGGGGAGAAUGGCUGGAGGGCAGAUAGCAAGAAGGAUCAUGAGUUCGAUGCAAGAAGAAUCGCACCUGCUGAAGAAGCUUUUUCUGGGGCUGUUGACAAUCAAAAAGUUGUCCCCACAAAAGUGAAAUCACCUGAAAGUGGGGGGAAAUUGAACGCAUUUGAAGACAUAUCAGUUAAGAAAUUUGAACCUGCACCUUCUAGUUUUCCUCAAGAAUUGGCAGUUCCUAAAGAUUCCAAAGAUUCCAGUCUGAUUCAGAAAAUAGAAGGUCUAAAUGCAAAGACCCGGACUUCUGAUGGACGAAAUGACACUAAACCUGUCUCUAGUAGGGAGGAGCAGAAUAAUAAAUUGCAAGCUGGUAAUGCCUUUGCUGGUCAUUCUACAAAUGAGGCGGGUAUUGACACUCCAUCUCAUGAAAAGACUAGUGUCGGUAGAAUUAUCAACUCUGCCCCACAGGAAGACUGCUUUUCUGCUGGAGAUAGGAACCUUGAAUCAACAAUAGUGAGUGGAACAACCAUCCCCAGGAGGUCCACUCAGGGCAUGCACAGUAGAGCUGAUCAUCGUGGUAAAGGAAGAUUUAGUACUCAAGAAGCUGAUGGCUGGCGGAAAAAAUCUCAAGUUGCAGAUCAACGAUGUAUAGUGUCAACUGCACAUUAUGAAAUUUCUUCUGUUCAUGGGCAAGCCCAUAGUUCAGUGGAGGCUCCUCAGAAUUCUGUAUUGCAUCCUUCACUGAAGGAUGAUGGAGAAUCAAUGCCACCUGCAUCUGAACCAAGCGAUAGCCAGCGUGCUAAGAUGAGAGAGCUAGCCAAGCGAAUUAAACAGCGAGAGAAGGAAGAGGAAGAAAGGACAAGGGAGCAGAGAGCCAAGGCUCUUGCAAAAUUGGAAGAGUUGAAUAGGCGUACACAAGCAGGGGAAGUUGCAACUCAGAAGUUUGAAAAUGUUCCUGCUAGUGCUAUCCAGAAUAGGCAAGAGGAAUCCUUAAAUCUUUCCCAACAAACCAUAGUUGCAAGCAAAUCUGGAGCACCAAGUUCUUCUUUUGUUUCUGAAACAAAUACAGUUGCACAGAGUCGAGAGAAGUUGGAAACCCUCCCUAGUAGUGUUGUCCAGAAUAUGCAUGAGAAAGCCACUACUGCUGUUGUUUCUGGCAAAUCUAUACGAUCAAGAUCAGCUCUGGGAUCCAAGGUUGUGACUAGUGAAAUUAACAGGAAUGCAGCUGAGAAAUCUGUCAGUAUUGCAAUCAAUAUACCUGUUGCGACAUCAAAGGUUGUUAACCAUGAGUCCGUUGUGGUGCAUGAGCAAUUGAAUCCAUUCCAACCAGAUAGCAAUAGUGCUGAUGCUACUUGCUGCAGUGGUACUUCAGAGGUUCAUGACAGCAGUGCUAAGCAGAAGCGUACAGGCUAUAGACAAAAGCAAAUUAGCCCCUUGGAAAGAAAUUCCAUUGAGAAGUUGGUUUCUUCCUUUGGAACUGAGGCAUCAAAAGGCCAUACUGAUAUAGCAGCUAAUGCUACUCUCUGUCCUCAGGAUGUUACUGUUGAGAUUGAUUCAAACUGUGAAUCAAAUUUGCCUAGCAUUGCAGCUGAGUCUUCAGUACAUCAUAGAAGGAAAAACAAGAAUGGGAAGAACAAGCAAAAAGUGGAGGAGGCAUCGUCUGCAGCAGCUUUACCAUCAGUGGUAGCAAAAGAUGCUACUACUUCAGAGCCAAAGAGUUCCAACUCUUUGUUGGAUCCUAGCUCAGGUCGUUUCCCAACUGAUUCAAAUGAUGCAAAUGAAUCUUCAGAGCUGCACUUAUCACUAGCAAAUGAAGAAACCCACAUCAGAGUGAAUAACCAGUGGAGAUCUCAGCAUCCUCGCAGGAUGAUGAGGAAUAAAUCAGCUGAGAAAAGCCACAACGGUGAUGCUGUUGUGUGGGCUCCUGUGCGAUCACAACAUAGAACUGAGGUUUCUGAUGCCUCCAAUCAGUAUAUUUUAGUUGAUUCUGUUCUGUCCACAAAGAAUGUUCAGCAGGUGCAGAAUAAUCCAAGAAACAAGAGAGCAGAAAUGGAGAGAUACAUUCCAAAGCAUGUAGCCAAAGAACUAUCUCAACAAGGCGCCAAAGAACUAUCUCAACAAGGCGGCCAUCAUCAAGCUGCUGUUCCCUCAAGUAAUCAGAUUACUUCUGAUGAAACUGCUGAAAGACCGAAGUCUGGUUCUUUGGGCAUUGGAAGCUCCCAAAUCUCUGGCACAGCUACUGUGAUAUUUAGUCCUUCUGUGGAAUCCAGGAAUGGGGAUGUCAGGCAGAACAAGUCAGGAAAAGUGCAUGGAGCAUGGCGCCAACAGGGUGCACCCGAAUCAGCUACUUCAAAUCAAAGUAGAAGUUUUCAAAAAGCUAUUGAGGAUCAUCAGUGCCAGAUAGCUGAUGUAAGUUCUCUGAAAGAGCAACCUAGGGUUUCUGAUGGAUGGAAUGCUUGUGAUGGAUGGGACAUGCCUGAAAAUCCUGACACGGCCAUUACUGUUCCUGUUUUAAAAGAACAGGGUGUGACUGCCAGAGUAAAGCGGCAACCACACAAGGGUCAUAAGGGCACUGGAUACAAUCACAAUCCUGAUGAGAAGAGAACUAGGGGGGAUGCUGAUAAAAUGCACAUUCAAUCUGUGGCUCCAGAGAUGCAUCAAAGAGAUUCACUUCUAGCUGCAAAAGAAAAUAAUUCGACUGGGGAACGAUCCACAUCUCAUUGGCAGCCUAAGUCUCAGUCGGUUUCAGCCACUAGUCAACAAGGACGCCAGACCAAUAGCAGUGCAAGUGGAGGCAGUGAAGGUGGUAGGGUUAUUAAGGAGUCUACUCGACAUGGAGACCCACUUUUACCUCACCCAGAUAAGGAUACUGCUGCAGUUAGGCCUCAGUCUCACCAUGAUCAGUUGCCAUCUAAAAAGAAUUUGGAAGAAUCUACAACUAUUGGGCAAGAGCCUAAGAGGGAAAGGAAGAUGACUGCACAGGGAGGACGUCCUGGUAGCCCCUUUGAAUCAUCGUCUCAUAAUAUGGAUGUUCGGCAUGAGAAACACAUGUCUUCAGGGUUCCGCAAAAAUGGAAAUCAAAGUAGCCGUUUUAUUAGAAACCAUGAAUUUCGUGGAGAUAAGAGUGGAUCUGUGAAAGAUAGCAAGCAGCAUAACGUACCUGCAGCCCGGGAAGGACAGAAACAUAAUUCACAUUAUGAGUACCAGCCAGUUGGGCUCCACAACAGUAACAAAGCGAACAACUUGGAACCUUCCAAAGAUAUUUCCCAUGACUUCUCUGGUACAGGGUAUAGAGAGAGGGGCCAGAGUCACUCGAGGCAUGGUGCAGGCAACUUUUAUGGACGGCAAACUCGCAAUGUUCAAGUUGAUGCCGGUCAUGACUGAGGUGAAAUGCGGAGGGUUUUCUUUUGGUAAUGCCUAAGACCAACUUCCAUAGAUAUUUCUGGCUCGAUCCCUUACGCUAUCAGGGCUUGGAGGAAACAGAUGGUGUCAAGGCCAAAAAGAUAUAUUGAGAUUAUGAGAGUUAGUUGAUGUGGUUGAUUUCUCUUUUUUUUUUUUUUACUUCUAAAUGUAACUGAUCUGAUAGGUUUAAUGUGGUCACAGUAUGCAUGCUGUGGAACCCUCAAUGUGUUUUGAACGGUGUAUUAGAUCUUUAUUCCUUAUCUCUUAACAUGGAACACUGGAAAGAAUGAAAUAGAGAUGGGAGCUUUCCUGGUUCUCCUGUUUA